AUGAUCGAUCCUCAGCAAUUCUUGUAUUCAUUCAUUGACAAUCAAUCCAUUGAGCUCGUCUCCAUCAUUGGGUCUGGUUCAUACGGAGUUGUGUAUCUAGGUCGUUAUGUCUAUACCAAUCGUUAUUAUGCUGUCAAAUGUCUCCAUGACAACCAUAUCACUCGAAAUGAAGUCGAAAUGCAUUCAACCCUCUCAGGACAUGCUAAUAUCUUAUCGUUGGAGAAAGUCAUCAAAGAAAGAAAUCAUGUAUUCAUUGUCGUGGAAUACGCUACACAUGGUGAUUUGUUCUCAAGCAUCACUCAGCCUAAGCUAUCUCAAGCCAUUAUCGGUAAAACUAAGGUUAUCCGCCAUUUGUUUUUGCAAAUACUAGAUGCUGUGCAACAUUGUCACCACAACCUGAUCGCUCAUCGGGACCUGAAGCCCGAAAACAUCUUGCUGCUAUCAAAUCAUCGUGUCAAAUUGGCUGAUUUUGGCUUGACAACAAAUCAAAUGAUAUCCAAAGAGUUCAAUUGUGGAUCGUCCUUCUAUUUCUCUCCAGAAUGUCAAGGUAUUACAGUGUCUGGCAAUCACAGCAUGAAGCAAGUGCAGUAUUACGAUACUCUGACCAACGACAUUUGGAGUCUAGGCAUCAUCCUCAUCAAUCUCGUUUCAGGCCGAAAUCCUUGGAAACAAGCAAAUAUGCAAGAUGCCGCUUUUGCUGCCUACGUGAAACAACCUCGUCGCUUCUUUCGCACUAUACUUCCUGGCAUCUCCAAGAGUUUGGACCGCAUCUUGAUUCGCAUCUUCUGUCUAGACCCAGCAAAAAGAAUUACAUUAGCAGAGCUCAGGAACAUGAUACUCGCCUGUCGCUUAUUUACUGUUGCUACUCCAAAUACCCCCUCUGCUACUACUACUGCUGCUACUACUGCCCCUCAAGACGUGAAGCCAAUGACUCCACCUCCAUCUUCUCAAAUACAGUGCAGCGAAUCAUUUGAAAGCACUAUGCUGGCUUACAUAGGAGACUACACAGAUGAUGAAGGCUUCAACACUGUCAGCAGUCAUUGCGAGCUGACCUCUUCUAGUUCUGAUGAUAGUUCGUCAGCAUCAGACGAAGAUCCUUCAACUUCAUGUAACGAUAUUAGUCCUAUCUUUAAUUUCCAAUAUCAUCACCACCACAAGAUACAAUAUGAACAACAAUACAUUGAAAAUUAUGGGUACUAA